AUGUGCGGAGAAGAUAUAAUGGUGCGAGAAGUCAAUCGUUAUGAAAAUGGACGUCUUGAGUAUGAUUUCUUGUUUCCGACAAUUGUAAGCAAUUUCUUUGGUUGUCCCCUAACGGUUUCCGCUGAUCUUUUGCAACCCUUUAUAACAUUUGAUGGAGAUGUGGAAAAUUCAACUCAUUUAAUGGACAUGAAACGUUUGGCCGGCAUAGAGGGGGAAAUUCUUAAGCUGGUGGCAGAAGCACUGAAUUUCAAAAUUCACAUGCGAUUUAGUGGUGAAUUUAGUGAGAUUGGUUCACGUUUAAAUUCGACUGGUUGUUUUAGAGAUAUGGAGCUAAGACGUGCUCAAAUUUGUAUUGGUGGCUUGAGUUCAACAAUUAAGUAUGAUUACUUAUUUACCAGAUCAAUUGCCUAUCACACGACUCCCUAUAAGUUUGUAGUUCGUGACAAUAUAUUUUUUGGCCCCAUUAAGCAAUUGAUAAAUCCGCUGGAUAAAUCAACCUGGAUUAUUCUAUUAACUUUCUUCGCUAUAUCCAUUUUGUUAAUUCAAAUAAUUAAUCGUUUGGAAAUACCACAGAUACGUGAUUUUAUAUUUGGAGUCAAAAAUCCUAGUCCCACUUUCUAUUUGAUUAUAACAUUUCUGGGUUAUUCGAUGCCAACUCAAAUAUUGCCUACACGAAAUUUUGCUCGAUUCCUUCUUAUGUCAUGGCUGUUAUUGUCACUGGAAGUACGCAGUGGUUAUCUGGGCAAAAUGUUUGAUAGUCUGAGACUAGCAAAACGAGUGCCAGUACCUAAAACUAUAGCGGAACUCAUUGCUAUGGAUUACACUCUUCUGGACUCCAUGUACAACAGUUUCUAUCCAAUGAAUAAAACUUUAAUUUGGCAAGAUCGCUUUUCGCUAUUGCAGCAAGUGCAAUCAAGUGAGAAACGCUUGACGGGGGCUGUGAUUUUGGACUACUGGAACCAUUAUCAUUUCAAGAAUCGCAGUAUUCAUUCUUUGAUUCCUGUCGCAGAGACCAUUCACUCAUACCAGUGUGUCAUGUAUUUUAAUAAACAUUCCUUUUUGCCAGAUAGUUUCAAUCGAAAAUUGAAAUUAUUUACCGACUCGGGAAUAACGUCGCACAUUGCUCAGAAAUAUAUUCAUUCAAAUUCGAAGUCCAUGACUACUCAGUCGCAGGAUGUAAGUCGUAUAACAUUUGACAAUUUGCGUGGAUUGUUUUACAUAUGUGGUAUGUUGUUUCAAACAUCAAUUUUUCUAUUUGUAUUGGAAAUGUUGACAAAGAAAUCGCAAAGAUUGAAGACUUUUAUGGAUUGGUUGCAUAAAACAUAA